AAUACCUGUUAUGAAAAUUUCCCACGAGAUGUGACGCUUGUACGACGUUGGCAAGCUCAUCUCGAUGCACUCACGAGCUUGGAGAUCGGUCGACAUCCAAAUAUUGUGGUGACGUGUGGAAUGGAUAUGAGGGUUUUCGUGUGGGACUGGGAAGGAGCCUGUUUAGGCAAAUUGUUUGAUCCGGAAAACCAGGGACAAUGGCCUUGGCGGUUCCGAAAAGAUAAUGCAACUCGAACGAAGGAGCGGGAUUUACUCGUCCAAGAAUUGUUGCAGCAACUGGAGAGAACUCCGGCUGAAAAAAUUGAACUGCGUCGCCAGUCACUAUAUGCUCAGCAUGUGGGCCGUCGAAAUGUGAACGAACUUCGGAACGUUAACACCAUGCUGUUAGAACACAUUAUCAGCAAAAACCCAGAAAUCAAGUUGAUGGAGCAGGAAAUUCAAGAGAAAAGCACAAUAACUGAUACGACAAAAAAUGCCAAGUUGCAGGCAAAGCCUGGAGCUUUACGAGCGUUGACAAAAUCGAACGCAAAAAACACACCAAGACAAACGCUGCGUUUGCAAACUUUAAGUCAGAUUGGCCCCGUUCUUCACGAUGAAGUGUCUGGACGGAAAGCGUCGAUCAUACAAAGCCAACAGCCCGCGUUCCUGGAAUCCGGAGAUCUCAAGAUGGACAAGACUUAUCUCGAGAAUGAGCUGUCGAUCACGUGUCCUGCGUCUUCGUCACCUUUGCUUCCCCCUAAUCGAGACGGGGAGGUUCGACUACAGGUCCAAAAGGAGUACCAACUAGCUCAACAAGCCAUUGCCACUCGUGCAACUUUGACACGGAAAGCUCGAGAAAUGUACAGCAACAUGGAAGGAGUUCGAACUCGUCACAGUAAACGUCGACCUGACUGUGCUGACCCAGAUACAGACCCGUCUGAGGUGUCGGAACUCUUAAAACAAAAUUUCCCACCAUCAGUGCUAGCAAUUCGACCACAAACUGCCCCUGUUCGUGUUCUAAAACCCAGCAAGAGUGAGGGUCACGUUGGUCUACGGCAUCAGAAAGAUACACUGCAACAAUUGCAAAUUUCCACAUCUGAAAGCGCACUUGAGACGUUAUCCAGCGAUUCAGUACCAAGGAAAAUUAGCAACAGUGCCGGUCGGCGCAAAAGUUCACUUGACGAGUUUUACAAGGAGGAAUUCCAUCGUUAUCGCCGGGAUAGAGAACUCAAUCAUAGUGUCCCUGAGGAGAUGGCAGUGGAUGGAGACAAGCAACUGAGACCGUUGCAUAAAUUGCAGGAGAUCAACGAGAUUAUCGAUAAAGUACACGGAUACUGCAACGACGCAAGACCCGGAGGCUUUACGGGACGGAAAGCGAGCCCCCCACCGCCAAAAUCUAAGAAGAAUGCGUCAACAAGCGCUUGA